GGAGGCAACAGGACAGACACCAGUUCCCCAAAGCCUCCCCUUACCAAGAAAGAACUACCCUACCCCAGAGUGCUCCCACACAGCCUUCCAGGGGGUGCAGGGAGCUGAAACUAUGACAGAGGAGGAAUGUGCUCUACCGGAUGGACUAACAACUGGGCUGUAGCCCUGAGUCUGCAGGGCUAUCCUGGGUUUGUGCAGCAGCAUUUGACUUGUCCCUAGCUGACUUCUAGUCACCUCGGUGAACUCCCGCACUUUCCCACAGGAAGGGACACUACUCUGCAAUGCCAGGGCCUCUGACUGACUACAGACUCUGGACUUUCCCUUCAGCUUACGCGGACCCACCAUGUCCUUCCAAGGCUACAAAAUUGCCUGGUACAGAUCACGGGUUCUGGCCCAUCGAGGGACCUGCUGGCCUCUAGCUAGUCUCUACCCCGGCCACCAUGAUGCUGUUGCCCAUCCUGGUACAAGCUGGUGCUCCAGGUAACCCAUGGGAGGAGUUCAGCAGAGAUGGAGAAGCAGCUCUGGCCCCUCUUGCCCUGGACAGUAUCAACCCACCUUGACGGAGAUGUGGCCAUGGGCCUGGGGAAGGUGGGCCGCCAAGAACCAGUCCCCAGGUUCGUCCGCUCCAGGUCCAAUGCAGACCCUCAGGAGACGACCACCACCCGAGAGGUGACCAGACUGCUAGGCGUUCCAGUUGCCCUGGUGACGGAUCCCUUCUCUUCUGGCCAGGGUUCCAGAGGCUUCAAUCAAGUCCCUCCAUCCGCCCCUCAUCCCUUCCCCUCCCAACCUACCCCAAAUCUGGCUAGAGCUCCUUUGCUAAUUUCUGCAGGUGUCCUCCCUGUAUUGUAGGCUUGCCGACAAGGCCUGUCACCACCCAGCGCCCUGCAGCUGGGUUCCAUCCACAACCUAGAGCCUCCCCUCUCUCCGGGCUAACACUUCCCAGUCCCACCUUCAGACAAGAUCCUGAUCUAAGGACUUGUAAAAACCGAGCCAAAGCCCAGAGAUGGAAGCAGACGAGGUCGCAGAAGAGCCUCACACCACCAUGGAUGCGGAGGAGCACCCUUCUUCAAAGGACCCCUCUGCCAGAGACUCACAGGAGCCCCCUAUCUCUGAAACCCCCUUGAAGGCUUCCAUCUCUGAGACCCCUUUAGAAGCACUUACCUCUGAAACUCCUUUGGAGCCUUCCACUUCCCAGAACCCUUCAGAGACCCGUAUCUCAGAAACCCCCUUGGAGCCUUCCAUCUCUGAGACUCCUUUAGAGUCUCGCACCCCUGAAUCUCCUGUGAUGACUUCCACUUCCCACACCCUGUUAGAGAUCCAUACCUCGGAAACCCUCUUGGAGCCCUCCAUCUUUGAGACUCCUUUAGAGCCCCACACCCCUGAAUCUCCUGUGACGCCUUCCACUUCCCACACCCUGUUAGAGACCCAUACCUCAGAACCCCCCUUGGAGCCUUCUAUCUCCAAGGCCUCUUUAGAACACUCUGUCCCUGAGAGCCCAUUGCAGAUUCACAUCUCUAAGGUCUCAGAGAAACAGCUUGCUUCUCAUAAUGCAUCACCAGGCCAUGUCUCUGCGUCUCCCUCUGAUACUCUGAAGGAAGGCCCCAUCUCUGAGUCCUCCUCCAGUGAUGUCUCCCGGAUGAGAAGAUCCGUGCAGGUCCCUGAAUCUGAAUUCCUUCAAAAGCACUCCCUUUCAGGCCCUUCAGCCCAGGUCAGCCUGGACACAUCUGCAAAGGAAAGGGAAGAAGGAGAGAAUGAGAAUGAGGUGGAUGCCACUGAGAGAGCCACUCCCGCGGCUCAGCCUGGACAUCAUCUGGUCAAGAAGAAGGAGAAGAAAGGAGUUGGCCGCUCCAGAGUCAGCCCAGUGGUCCCUACUACGCAGGCAGAGAUGGUGAAAGUGGCUAACACAGUGCGCAAAGAGAUGUUUGCUGCUCAGGUGAAAAAUCUGUUCCAGUGGGAGAAGAAUGCAGCCCUGAGUGCCAUCCAGACAGGUCUCUACAUUGGCUGGCGUUGCCCCCAUUAUCUAUGGGACUGUUUCCGGAUUGGGGAUGAGUCCAAGUGCUUUUGUGGACACUUGUUGAGAGAGCACCAGAUCGUAUCAGACAUAUCUGUGCCCUGCAAUGUGAACCAGUGCCGCUGCCUCAUGUUCUGCUUUAUCCCAUCACGCCCAGAGGAGGUGGGUCAGUUCUGGCUCAGGAGACGAGCCUCCUUUGACCCCAAGGCGUGGAGAGCCCAAUGUCGCUGCAAACAUAACCAUGAAGACCAUGCAGCUACUGGGUCCCAUCCCUGCAAGGUCAAAGGCUGUUGCUGCAACUGCUUUGAGUCUAAUUUCCUGUGUGCAGCCUGUGACCGGCGCUGGGAGGAACACCAGACUUUCUUUGAGACUGAAGAGACCCGGCGACGAGGAGGGAGGCCUCACGGAGCAGACUAUGUGCCUUUUGCAGAGAUUCCUACCCUCCAAGAAACCAUCAUCAACAACUCUGACUUCGAGGUCCUACAGAAGCAGGGGCCUUCUGGCCAUCCCAGCUCCCACCCUAGUCCCCCUGGUUUCCCUGGCCCAUUCAGCCUCCAACCUGGCCCCACUUCUAACCGCCAUACCUGACCCUUUCACCUCUGCUCUUCCCUCCUCCAGGGACAGACUCUGUCAGCACCUGGCACAGGCCUCUGUGAGCCUGGCCCAGAUCAGCAAUAAAGGGGAAGCCAUUGGAAUCUGACCUGGCUCUGUAUGGGAUAGCUAGAGCCGGGCCCAUGGAUAGACAUUCUAAGACCUUAGGGACAGCACCUACUGGGGGUAAAGGAAGCCAUACACAGUAGAGAGGCUGGAUCUGGACAGCUGUCUUCACCUCACCCACUUUUAAUCUGCCAGCCCUGGCAUCAGAGGAGAGAGUGGAUUCAAUG